GUCCCUGGUGCAUUGUGGGCCAAGUUACUCUUCGGCCAUAUUUAUGUGGGACUCUUACGAAGGAUGGCUUGUUGUUAUUUACUCCAUUCAGCCAUAUCAGAGCUUUCCUGUUGAUCCCGAGCCGCGUGCACCACCUGAGCCUUGGAUGAUGUGACAGAAAAGGCGGCAGGGAUGGAGGCAAUCACGGAUAGUGACCGGCUACAACGAGUCCGGGAACUUGAAGUUCAUUUGAGGAACCCCCGAGGAGUCAUCAAUGUGGACUCAUUGUUGGAUGCAGUUCAGGCGAUGGUCGGAGAUUGCGACCAUCAGGCCAUCAAAAGAAACAAAAAUGUGGAGGCUUUUCUCAACAGAUACCGGGACUCCAUUCAAGAUGUGGAGCUAUUGCGUAUGCGGGCUGAUGAUUUUAGUAAUCUCAAAGUUAUAGGAAGAGGAGCCUUUGGGGAAGUGCAGCUUGUAAGACACAAAUCCACACAAAAGGUAUAUGCAAUGAAGCUUCUGAGUAAGUUUGAGAUGAUAAAACGAUCAGAUUCUGCUUUUUUCUGGGAAGAACGUGACAUAAUGGCUCAUGCCAAUUCAGAAUGGAUAGUACAGCUGCACUUCGCCUUCCAAGACUCCAAGUUUUUGUACAUGGUAAUGGACUACAUGCCAGGUGGUGAUCUAGUGAAUCUUAUGUCCAACUAUGACGUCCCAGAGAAAUGGGCAAAAUUCUUCUGCGCUGAAGUUGUUUUGGCACUGGAUGCGAUCCACUCCAUGGGUUUUGUUCACAGAGAUGUGAAGCCAGACAACAUGCUGCUAGACAGUAGUGGACACCUUAAGUUGGCUGACUUUGGUACUUGCAUGAAGAUGAACAAUGAUGGACUAGUGAGGUCUGAUACAGCUGUUGGGACUCCAGACUACAUUUCUCCAGAAGUCCUCAAAUCUCAGGGUGGUGAAGGUGUAUAUGGUCGGGAAUGUGACUGGUGGUCUGUUGGGGUCUUCCUCUAUGAGAUGCUUGUGGGAGACACACCAUUCUAUGCUGACUCUCUAGUUGGGACUUACGGAAAAAUCAUGGACCACAAGAAUUCUCUCAAGUUCCCAGAGGAUAUUGAUAUAUCUAGUGAAGCCAAGAGUCUCAUAUGUGGCUUUUUAACUGACCGGCUAACACGUCUGGGCGGGAAAGGAGUGGAUGAAAUUAAACGACAUCGUUUUUUCAUCAAUGAUCAAUGGACUUUUGAUACUAUUAGAGAAUGUGUGCCUCCAGUUGUACCAGAUCUAACAAGUGAUGAUGACACAAGUAACUUUGAUGAAGUGGAGAAUGAAGACACACCAGAGGAAAGCUUUCCGGUCCCUAAGGCUUUUGUAGGAAACAACCUCCCCUUUGUAGGAUUCACAUACUCCAAAGAUUACAGACUGUUGAGUUCUCCAGAUAAACCAGAUGGGAAGAGAAAUUUGACCAAUGAUGGUUCACAAGCCAGCCAUCAGAUUGCUAUCUUGAGUGCUGAAUUAGAGCACCAGAGGAACCAGGUGGAAGAGCUUGAAGGAAAGUACAAGGUGACCUUGAGCCAGCUAGAUGCCCUAACACGAAAGGACCAGGAGCGGCAGCAAGAGAAGAGAGACCUGGAGAAAAAACUUGCAUUGUUGCAGCAUGAUUUGAAAGAAGCCCAGAGGAAGGCAGAUUAUGAAAGUGAUAGCCGUAGAAAGCUGGAUGGACUCUACCAGGAGGUCAAGAAGAAGCUUGAAGAUGAACAAAACAAAAGAACACGAGAUCAUAAUUCAGCAAUAGCCGUCAAUGAAAAGCUUUAUGCCCUAGAAAAGCAGUUAAAAGAAGUUCAAGAGAAGUUGAAAACAGAGUCAGACAACCACUCAAAACUUCGGAAGCAGAAUGCUGAGCUCUUAGUAACCAGCCAAAGAAAAGAGUCUUCUUUGAAUGAUUACACUGAGAAGUUUGCAACAGUUCAGGCAAUGAGAGAUAGUCUGGAGCGAGAUAUGGUCAACCUGCAGACUCAACUUGACCAGGAACGAACACAUAAGAAUCAUCAAAUUGACCUUGUGACACAGGCAGAAAGCAAGGUUCAAGCUUUACAAGCCAAGCUUGAUAGUGCCUUUGAGAGGGAGUCCAUUGCCCGAAAGGAAGCUGAAAAGGUUUCUGAGAGACUUGUGCAGCUUGAAAAAGAUAGAAAUUCCUUGGAACUGGAGCUGAGGGGCAUGACAAGUCGCUAUGAGCAGGAGGCAAGAGCUCUGCGUGAGGCUAACAAUGCUGCGCCUACCCAUAACCAUCACUCCAGUGCUCAGGCCCUUGCAGCCUUGCAGGAGCGUUUGAAUUUAGAAAUGCAGAAGCGCCAGCAAGCAGAGGCAUCUAGUCAAGAGAAGGAGCGCCAAAAUUCCAUGUUAAGUGUCGACUACAGACAACUGCAGCAGCAGCUUCACAAAUUGGAGGGGGAGUAUAGACAAGAAUGUGAAAAGGUCAAAGGCCUGCAGAAGCAGUUAGAGUCAGAGAGUGAAAGGAGAACAUCUCUAGCCAAUGACCUCCAGUCGCAAAUAUCAGAACUCUCCCUCAUGCGCACAAGGGAAAAGCUACUACUCCGAGAUUUGGAGGAAGCCAAGGAAGCUCGUUCCAGCCUAGAAGAAAAACUGCACAAAGUUGAAACUCAGAAGUCAGUUGAUGAGGUGCAAAUGAAGGAGUUGAAUGAUACUCUAGAGGCUGAACAGUACUUCUCUACACUUUAUAAGACUCAAGUACGUGAAUUGCGUGAAGAAGUUGAUGAGAAAAGUCGGCAGAUUGUUGAACUAGAAGAGGAACACAACAGCCUCACCGGCCAACUACAGCUGGCAGUGGGAAGAGCUGAUUCAGAAGCUCUUGCUCGCUCUAUUGCUGAGGAAACUGUGGCAGAAUUAGAAAAAGAGAAAACUGUGAAAGAACUAGAGAUUCAUGACCUCCUCUCUAGACAUUCUUCAGAAGUUGCUGAGAAAGAGUCUGCUCUAAAUGCUGUGAAGGAGCGGGAACAGGAACUAAGUAAAUCAUUGGAGACCCUGAAGCAGGAGAAAGAUGCUCUCAAUUCUCAAGUUCAAAUGCUUGAAGAAGAGAAAAAGAAAGCUAACAAUGAACGGCAAGAUAAGCUUGAGAAGUUAGACAGGCAACUGAAAACAGAACAACUGCUGAAGAUGCAAGCUGUCAACAAGCUUGCAGAGAUAAUGGCUCGCAAGGAAAAUCUUCCAGCCAGUAAGAAACCAAAGGUGUCUGCUAUCGACUUGCGGAGAAAGGAGAAGGAAUGUAGGAUAUUACAACAGCAAUUGACUUUGGAACGUGACAAGUUCUCCCAGACAGUCUCCAAACAUCAGAAGGAAGUGCAGGAUCUUCAGGCUCUUGUUUAUGAGGAAAGUCAAGCAAGAAUUAGACUUCAAAUGGAGCUUGAUGCCAAGGAUUCGGAAAUUGAAUCUCUCCACCGCACAGUUGCAAACUUCAACAGUGAAACUGCUUCACUAAGCAGUGGAGCUGAUAAUGACAUAGAUGAAUUAGAUUCCCGGUUGGAAGGUUGGCUUUCUAUUCCUAACAAGCAAAACAUAAAACGACACGGGUGGCGGCGCCAGUAUGUUGUGGUGUCUUCAAGGAAGAUCAUCUUUUACAACUCAGAAAAUGACAAACAGAACUCUGAUCCCAUCCUCAUCCUUGACUUAACAAAACUCUUCCAUGUUCGGUCAGUAACACAAGGUGAUGUUAUAAGAGCUGAAGCCAAAGACAUCCCCAGAAUAUUCCAGUUGUUGUAUGCUGGAGAAGGGGAGAGUCGGAAGCCUGGUGAUAACCCUGGUCCCCUGGCUUUGCAUGAGGGUGCAGGCCAAGAUAAAGCAGGUACUCUAGUCCACAAAGGCCAUGAAUUCUUGGCCAUAACUUUCCACAUGCCUACGAAUUGUGAAGUCUGUCAGCGACACCUGUGGCACAUGUUUAAGCCACCUCCAGCCCUUGAGUGCAAACGUUGCCGAUUCAAGAUCCAUCGAGAUCAUUUAGAACGAAAAGAGGAUGUGGUGGCUCCAUGUAAAGUAAACUAUGACAUGAAUACUGCCAAGGAGCUGCUGCUGCUGGCCCCAACCCUUGAAUCACAACAGAACUGGGUCACAAGAUUAUCCAAAAAGAUUCAAAAGUCUGGGUACAAGGCCCAGCAAGCCAGUGGUUCUGAUGGUGCCAAAGUUUCCCCCAGAAUGUAAAAGCCUUUAGGACUAGCUGCUUCCAACAACAAGUAUAUGAGGAACGUUUACCCUUACCAAGAGAAUCAACAAGAUCAUCUUAUCGGCCGUAUGUUGUACAGAAGUCUGCUACUUUACCUCCCAACUCCAAUUUGAGUAGAAAGUAGCAGCUUAAUACCUAAUAUAUCUCUGUUGUGGUUCACCAGAUUUGUCAUUUAACAUUUUCUAAAGCUUGUUUGAAAUAAGUUUUUCAUUUUAGGGAAAACUAUAUUUUGAACAUAGACCCAGUAUAUAUAUAGUAACACACACACACACACACACACACACACACUUUUCAUCUGGGUAUUGUGCAACAUGGGAAGUAUUGCUGGAGCAAUAUGUUCACUUGCUGAGGGACAUGUGCCUUAUAAAGUCCUAGAUCUAUUCCUCCUUCCUUGUGUACAUUGCUCUAUUCAGGGACAAAGAUGAGUCCCAUGAUGACAUACACUAAUAUUUUUGUGAAACACAUCAGUAAAUGUUAAUAAGAUUUUGGUACAAGCCCAAUUUUAUAUAUUUAUAGAUUAUGUAACAUGUUAAUGCUUCCAAUGUACAUGGAUAAGUUUCUUCUUUAUCGUCCAUUACAAUUAGACCAAUAUUGUUGAUGAAAGCAACAAGUAAUUGCAUUUGUGAUCUAUGUGUGAUUGAGAAAAAUAUUUAGCUGCAUGUAGCUGAACAUUUUAGUUUACUCAAGGUGAUUCAUAGUACGUACUAUUAAGUACAAAAUAUUCAGACAUUUAAAUAAUUCUUAGAACCUAUGUGUUUGUGUCAGACGGCUUGAGGAAAAUGUGAAGCUCACUUUGAUGAACUACAUGUGGCUGAGUAUAUUUUGUACAUAAUGCUUAGUGAGAAUGUUGUGUGAAUGUGACUGCAUCAGUGUGGAAGAUUAAGAAUUUUAAGGAAUUUUUUGAAAUCAUGCUAUACUGAUAAACCCAGAAAUCCAGUCAUAACUCCAUAAUUUGAAAUAUUUCGUAGUUUUGUUUUAAUUGACUUACUGUUCAUAUUUCUUUUUAUUGCUGAAAUUGGCCAGGUCUCCCAUUUCUAUGGUAGAGCCUGAAAAAUUAGCCUUUAAUAUCCAACCACAUAAUUUGUUGUCCAAAACAAUACGUAACUAUGAAUUCCAUGUCAUCUAUAAAAAAUGGCUCUAGUCUGAAUUGGUGUAGAAAAUGAUAAGUUUUUGUUACUUUCCAUUUUCUUUCCCUGUGACAUUUAUUCCCCUCAACCUAGUAUCCCGUUCCUAAUUAACUCUCCUACCUUAGUAAGCUUAAAAAUAAUAAUAUGCAUGAUUUUUUUUGCAUUAACUCUGAAAUAGUUUCCUUCUACCAAGACAUUUCAGGGUUUACCAGAGAAAGUUAUUACUGUAUCUGUUAAAAGUUCCAGAAGAAGGUCUAAAUUUUAUGAACACAUUUCUAUUUAUUUCAUUCCAUUUCAUGAUUCCUAAAGUGGCCAUUUCUUGUCUUAUUUUACCAUAUUCUUCUAAGUCUAAGUAAAAUAAAACAGUAAUAUUGAAUAACUUUGAUGAUUACACCAGAUAUAUGUAUGAAAGAGUUUUCUUAUAAACUUAUCCAACAAGAUAUGUAGUUCAAAUUAGCCCAUAUGACUAAGUUUUGCCUAGGGCUGCCCAGGAGGCACCAUGAGGAAGGUGGCAAGUUUGACUUCCCAGUAAAACAGUUACCUUAAUAAGUGGUUUCUAACAUUGCUCAAUUAAUAGCAAAUUCAAGCUUUGCUUGGUAUGUUGUCAAAACUACCAACAUUAUGAUGAAAUACUCUAUCUUCAUCAUUUGCUUUCCAAAAUGCAACUGAUUACCAAGUUCUUACCUAUUUUAUUUAUACAGGAUUGAGUCAGGCUCACAAUGUCCCAUAUUUUAAUUCAUAUGAUAUAAAUCCUUAAAAUGGUUACUUUUGACAUGACUUUAGUUGGGAAGGCAUCUUACCUAUUAAAGUUGAAUUUUCUCAAAUCUUUGUCACCUUCUUAACCAUAAUUUCUAAUUGCAUCAUCAAUAUUAGCUUUUCAUGGGUGAUACAAUCAUUCAUAUCUAUGUUUUCAUUCCCGAUCACAUAUAUAUUUAGCAUUAUCAUGUCUCCUCAUUUCCUUCUUAUUGCCAAUGUUCGUAGUUUUAAUUUUUAUAGUCUUUCUUAUGAACCUGAAUUUCUCAGGCUAUCUCAUAGAAGUUCAUUGUACAGUAGGCUCUUGCCAACUCCUGAUACCAAUAACUCAUUCCUUGAUGUACAGACUUUUGCAUGUAUCAAUUUUUGCUCUACUUUGAAAUGUAUUGCUGUGAUGUCUCAUCUUCAUUCUUUGUAGAUUCAAGUCAGACCAACAAGGUAUCCUACAGUUGCUGUCAAAUACUUUUUAAUACAGUGCCUGUCAAUAUUUUUAUGCUGUCAAUCUCCAUUAUAUAACAGAAUACUGGUCAACAAUGAUAGAAAUCUUCAUUACCAACUACUAAGUGUAAUAUGCUGAUAAAUAAAACUAAUAGAAUGAACAAAAAAUAUGCUACAGAAAAGAGGCUGAAGUCAGUACAGGUGACAUAAUUCCCAGAGUAAAUGUAAACCACUGACACCUCCUAUGAGAUACUGAGCAGCAAUGUAGGCAUACAAUUCCUAUAAGAAUUGCAAAAUCUAUGUUUAUGUGUGCUAUUGCUGCAAGUUAGCGAUGUUGAUCACAACUUGGAAAUGUUUUGACAGCUGGCACGACAUCAUCAACAUGGUGACUGAGUAGCUGAGAACUGGAUCAUAAUAUAUGAUAGAUUGAUUAAAUUUUGGCAGGGGAAUACCCUGAUAACUAUUGAGAGCAUUUCCUUGGGGAAAAUAUUUGUCAAGUACAAGAAUGUGAUUGCAAUAUAUGAUUUAGUGCUGUCUGUAGAGUAAAUAAUCACCAAAUGGGAGAAUAUGGUUGCCAUAUGAGACUUUGAGUAGUAUUUGAUUUGGGUUGCCAAAUCUGAACACACCAUAUAUGACACUAUAUAAUUUGUUUUCACACUGCAUAUAUAUAUAUAUAUAUAUAUAUAUAUAUAUAUAUAUAUAUAUAUAUAUAUAUAUAUAUAUAUAUAUAUAUAUAUAUAUAUAUAUAUAUAUAUAUAAAAUUUUUGGCAGAGGAGGGGCAAAACUGCACAGUAUCCAAGGCUAUGUUUGGUUGGUUGUUGGACAAGAGCCAUGAUGAAAAAAUUUGGACACCUGCCUUGCUAUCACUGCCUCUUAUUUACAAACAAUGAGUGUAUCAUAGCAACAUGAUCCACUUCCCAAAGCAUUGCACUAUAUGACACAGUGGCCAGUGAAUGCAUCCCAAGGCCAUUAUAGUGCAGGUUAAUAACCAUAUUGGUAGUGAUGGAACUUUGAGGCAAACAAUAAUUACAGUGAAGUGAGUGAAGAUUCUUGGGGCAGCAGCACCAAUAAAUCCUUUUAAGAAGUUUGCAGCACAAAUAAACCCUUUUUACAAGUUUUAAUGUCACACAAAUAAUAUCAUGCAAGUAACUUUUGCAGGUACCUAAUACAGAUAUUAUUGACAAGAGCAUACUGUCUUUUCCUGUGUCCCAGGGUAAUGGGUUCUCACCCACCACAGGCUCAAGGACCAGUGGGACAGAGAAGAAUACAGAGCCCAUGCGCAGCUAUGGCUCAUGCCUCCAACUCUACUUUUACUUACUGUCUUUACAAUCUUCUAUGUGUAUCAGUUCACUUUAUAUGUAACAUGCAUAUUCUAACAUUGGCUCAAUGCUAUAAUGCUCUUUCUCAGUCUAUUUUUAUCUAUAAACUGUAUAUACCCAUGUAAAAGACUAGAUUUUUAAAUGAUCCUCUACAAGUCAAGUUUAGGGUGUGAAUGUAAUACUGCUUUUCUGGACACCAGUUUAUUCCUUAACUGAACAUAUAACCUAAUUACAUGUCCUGAUGACCUUUAGAUCAAGAACAAAACAACAAAUUACCAGGUGGUUCUAAACUAAACUAAACUCGCCCUAGAAUGCAAUAUUGUCACAUUGCUUGCAGAAGUAUUACACUUAUUCAGUUACACUCUUAACCUAUCACAUCGAACACACUAACUUCCUGAAGUAAAUCUAUACCUCAUAUAUCAUAGUAAAACAACAUACUGUGCAUAUGGCCAGUGUCAAUAAUGGAUCAUAAGAAUUGGUGUUUUUUUUAUAUUGGAGUAGCAUUCUUUCCUACUCUUAGGCCAUUAUGUUGAAAAGCCAAAACAGUUAAGUGAGAUUUUAGUGACAUUAUUUGUAAGAAGUUUACAUAUAUUACAGUACAUUUUAUAAUACAUAUAGCUCAUGAAUAAUGCUAUUUAUAUUUUGUACUGCUUUAUGCAUGUAUACAUCAUCCUCGUCUUAAGAACGUCUGAAUGUCCAUGGCGGACUGUGAAUGUUUGGAGUGACGCUGCAAAAAUUCUUUUGUGUCCACCUUGGUGCUUUUGGGGGGAAAUCUGUGAAUGUGUGAAGCCGUGAACAGUGAACCUGUGAAGGUGGGGGGAUAGGUGCAAACUUAAACUUUGCUAAAUCAGCAUGACUGGGAAUGUAGGACAAAACAAGCGAAUUGCAAUGUAAAUUUUAAAGAAAACACAGACAUCAACCUCCCACAGCUUGUCAGGGAUCCCCAGGAAACUCAUUAGAAUGAAGCAGACAAAGCCCAAAAAACCUGUAAGACCACUAAACAGUAAAGCACCAUUCUAACAUGACACAGGAUCCAUAAGAUGUCACAUUAAAGCUUUCUUUUAUUGACCAAAAUCAAGUUUUCAUAGAAUCUUUCUUGAAAGUAACAGGUAUAUAAUACUCAAUACAGUAUGACAUAAAUAACAAAUUUGAGAAACAUGAUAAGUUUUUUGUACAGAGAUCACUUACUACACAACCAAGACACUGAACUAUACUGGUCACUGCAUAGUGUACAAAAAUACUCUGUUGACUAUUACACAGGUGCUGGUGCCUUGAUGUCUGCCUCACCAAAGGACUACCACUCCCACACCCACAAACACACAUUUCCACUUUAAUCUCAUCUCUUAUUUUCCUCAAUUUUAUUUGCAAGUAUUCCAUAAAAAAAGAUUUUCACCAUUACUAUUUCCAUAAGCAUGUUCUGACUUUCAUCUUUCCUGCAUUUUGGUAUUGGAUUAUGAUAUCAAAAACACAUUUCCAGUCAUCUUUAGUCAGGGACUCGUAAAUAAAAUAGCAGAACUUUACAUGUAAUAACUUUAUCGACAAGCAUUUGUAUCAUAGGAGUUAUAUGUGGACUAUCACAUUAAUAUAUAUUGCUUUUUUUUUUUACUGUUGCUCAGCACGUGAUGGUCCUCAACUAGAAUAAUCCUGUAGUGGUGGUGAUGCAUGUGGCGUCAAAACUAUCCGGGCACUAGAUUCAACUCUUUACAAGAGGAAAGAUGCCCAUUAAAUUAAAUCUGCAAUUGCAUGGUGUCAUCUAAUUAAUAAAUAAGUGGGUUUGCAUUAAAGCAACAUUCUACUGUAUAAUGAGCAAUGCCAUUUGUUCUUCUGCAAGCUGUUUUGCAGAUUUUAAUAACUGGUUGCAAUUGCAAUGUUUACUGUUUAAAACUUGAUCAUAGCUCAGGAUUUACCUCGCAGUUUUUCUUGCUACAAUCCGUCUGAAUUCAAUCUUGGCAAACACACUGAGUAAACAUGGUGCAGGGAAAUUAUCACAUUAUAAAACUUGCACCACAGUUAGUGGAUUCAACAUUAGCCUGACUUUAACCCAGUAGCUGCAGGGAUCAUGUUUCUUAAAGGCCACCUCCUCCAAGAGAGAAAAAUGAGAAAAAAUCAUCACUCACGCAAUCCAUUUCAUAAUAUAUAUCAAUGCAUUUGUGAUAAGUUUUUGCAUCAUCUAUUUUGGGGGGUUUAUAUCAUGACAAAAAUUCGGCCCAUCGCUGGUACACGGUAAAGUCACAAAUUUGGCCCGUCGCUGCUACCGGGUUAAGUAACAACACAUUUUCAUCCAGAAUUGUACAGCAGUGGUGACAGUUAACCCUUUCAAUACAUGACACAGACGUUUUCUAAACCUCUGAAGAGGAAAUGGAAAAGGAUUAAAAGGUUUAGAAGAGGAUUAAUCCUCUUACAUUUCCUCUUAACCCUUUCCAUACUGUGACGCUGACAUCUGCAUCACCGUAUUGAAAGGGUUAAGGGUAGUGAUUUAGUGCCCUCUAAAUGCUCAUAACUCAUACAGGAACCUUUACAAUUAGUAAUAAAAUUAACUGAAACCACCUUAGAAAACUGGAUUUUCAAUGUUAUUUUUAUCUUAUGUUAGUGCCAUAGGGAGCUGUCCCCAUUAAUGGCGGCCAGUAGCCUAACUUGUGAGCUAGUGACCUCAAGUCAACUGUUUGCUGCAUACCCUUAGUGAAAGAUUCCUACACCAUUUAACUUAGAAGUGGAUGUUUUAAUAAUACUUCCUUUUUAUGUAGCUACAGAUGUUCUAACUUACAAAGUAGGUAGUCCAAAAACCUGAUCCUGUAUUUAGUAGGAGUCAGAUUUUUAUUUGUCUAAAUGUAUAAAGAAAAUGAAACAAAUAUAUUUCCAAUUAAGCAUUAGCUUACUAUAUUGCAUAUGAGGAAAUAAGAUUUGGUGAGACAAAUAUCACAUCAGUAAUAUUGCCUAUGGGAGAGACCUCAGACACAAGUUGCCAUGUCAGAAUAUUCAGGAUAAGUAGAGCAAUAACUAUGAUGCUUAGCCCUUUUUACCUUUCAGGAAACUGCUUUUGAUUCAUUGUUUGUCAUCAACUUUCUAUACUUUUCUUCACUGCCUCUCCUGCCUCCAGCUGCUGUUUCUGGAGUGCAUUUACAGCUAGCUCUGCUGCCAUGUACACUUCCUAUAUUCUGUGGGCUGCAUUACAAAACCUCUCUACCAUAUGAACAAUUUCGUGGUUUUGAAUGUUUGCUGGAAUAUAAAUGUUUGUAAUAUAUAUGUUAUGUUUACACGCUUAUUUUACAUG